GUCUUCCAUCCUCCCCCUCAACCAGCGGUGCGGUGCAGUUGGGCCACUUUUCUCUCACAGUUCUUACUUUUACAUUCUUUUUUUCUUUGUCGGGCUGGCCCUGUUUGAGACUGAAGCACUCCUUUUUUGUUAUCGAUCGCGUUGGAACCCCUCGGCGCAUCUAUUCAUUCUACCUGCGGACCGCGACGAUGCUAUUCAACUAUUGACAGCACAGCGCUUCUUCCCAACCCCAACUGAGUACUGUUCUAUGAUUAUCAAGGACAUUCAUCAUUCUAUUCCUUCCUGAACCAUCCAUUACAGUCGUCUGAAAAUGUCUCUCCUUCACAACGAAGAUUUUGCAAUAUGGCAGCUACGUACAUCUUAUCUAUCCACGAUCAAAGAUGGGAUAGGCGACCGUCUCAUCAAUGUCAACAAUUCCGUCCUUAACACCCCCGGCUUUCGCGCGGCCGGCUGGUCUUCGCCCUCUACGAAUAUCAAUACGCAAACUGCCGCAGCCCACAUUAAGCGCACUUACUCCCCGCCCAUUCCUACCACCGCUGCGGUGUCGUCUGAAUAUUAUCGCCUUGGUGCCUCAAGAGACGCGAAUGAAGCUAGGAGAUCUAGACUCGGGUACGAGGGAGAAGACGAAGAAGGGGGCAUGGUUACUGGCAAAAGCAACACAGAUGUUAUUGGGCGCAGGCACAACGGACGGGGUACGAAAAAGACACGCCGGAGAGACCGCCAACACCAUGAAGAUCACAGACCAGCAGAGGUGGAUGAGGACGAUAGCAGUGAUCUGAGUGACGAAAGUGACGAUGAUGGGGAAGCCGCUUCAAGCAACAAGAUGAAAUUCCCCAAGCUGCCCAUACGGAUUAGAUCCGGGUCCUCGCCAAUACGCGCAACCGAUCGCCAGGAAAGACCGGAAGUUAUGGUCACAGCUCCUUCGCAUCAUUCGAAGGCGAAUAGUCACUAUCGUACAGGAUCCCUGGGGACUGCUGUCUCGGGGAGUCAUCAUCAUCAUCAGCGUCCGCGACGCGACACAACGACCAGUAGCGACUUGUCAUCUGACAAUGAAAUGGAUACCUCCUACAAGAGCCGACAGAUCCAGUUUUCAGGUCAAGAUCAAAUCAUCCAUCAUCCCGGGAAAAGACAUCAUGGAGCUGGGGGUACGGCCGAAUCUAUCAGCGUUAGGGAUAUUAAUGGGCACGGUGAAGACUCUGGCGCUGAGUCUGUGGGAUCAGCGAUCUCUUCCGAGUUCGAUGCCACGGCAGGAUCUGGCUCGCUUCUUGAAGGUGUCGUCGGUAUUACCGGCAGCCUGGACUCUUCAUCGCCAAUGGCGCUGAUGCAUAAGUUGCCAAAUGGAACAGGCUCUCAAUCUGCAUCCCCGAGGAAACCCAAAACGCCAGCACCAGAGUUACAAGACUUGCCUCCUCCUAGGCCCAUUAGCACGGUACAGCCUAUUAGUUUACUUUCGACAGCGCUGAAUGCGCGCAAGAAAGUGCCGACCAACCCGGUUGAGAAAUUUGCAGUGCUCUCCGGUGAAGGGUUGGGUGAUGCCUUGAACAUCAAACUUUACGUGCCUUUCUCUUCCGAUCCUGAAGAGCCAUUAGACCUGCCGCUUGCUCGAGAAUCUAAACUUGCAGAGCAGCCGGCCCCGGUCAUUGUUGUUGAGGCCAUUGGGCUUGCCCUCUGGAAAUACUCCGAAGAGCGCUGUGAGCCGGCCAUUGAGCGCAGCAAGUUGACAGUCAACAGGUGGACCCUUAGGAUGGUAGAGGAUGGCGAAGUGGAAUAUGAUUUUCCAGCUCUGGGACGCACGUCGACUAUUACUGAUUUCACUUCGAACAAUAACAGAGCUGCUGGCGCCAGAGGGCGGUCGAGGGGUAAACCGUAUGACGAAUUUGCUCUGGUGGAAGCCUCUCAAUCAGAAUUCGAGGAGAACGAGCGCCAGUUCCCACAAUUCAGUCACGAUCUUACUGCGGAGGAGAGCGGCGAUCAGGCCACGACGCCCACUGUCCCGACACACCAGCAGGCUCAGCCGACUAAGGCUGCAACUACGCGACUGAACCCGAUUCUUGGACAGCCAUUCUCAUCCGCUUUGAAUGAUAGUACCCUCACCCCAGCCGAUCGGCCAGCGGUGCCCACUUCUCAUGCCACGCCCCGCAUGGGAGUCUCAAAGACCCUCAAGAUCCGGUUCAUCAAUUUGGAGGCUUCUACCCAUGUUAUGACCAUAAACACAUCCACCGAUAGCUAUAUUGCAGAGAUUUUGGACACGGUGUGCAAACGAUGGGGCUUGGACAAGGGCAAUUACCUGCUAAAGGUGAUGGGAUCUAAUACAAUUGCGCCAUUGGAUCGCAUGGUGGAAGCUCUUAAGAACAUCACGGAGCUAGACCUCGUGCGCCGGCGAUUUGGCGCAGGUCCAUUGACAUUGACCGGAUCUCCUGGCAGCUCAUCACCCAAUGCACCUCUUCAAAUCGACGGCAACAACAACGCCACCAGCGGCGCCACGACCAAGAAGGGCAAGAAAAGCCAGCAACAGGUUCUUUCCCCGCUCACCCAGAAACAGGAUCUUAUUGGAGGAUAUUACCGGCGUUAUCACGUAUUCCGCAAACAAUCCAUGUCUUUUACUGCGUCCAACCAUAAGAUUCUGACCUUUGACAAUGACUACAUGCACAUUAUGCCUGGGGACACCACCAAGGCAGGCUCAGACGCGAAGACGCGCUCGAUCAAUUUCAACGACGUUGUUGGAUGCAAAGUGAGUCGACGACACCCCAAGAGCUUCCGCGUCGUGGUCCUCCGUGGCAACGAUGCCAACGAACAGAAGCGGUAUGAUUUUGAGGCACGGAAUCCUCUUGAAGCGGUUGAGAUUGUCGAUGAGAUCAAGAAGAACAUGGCCCAUUAUCGGAUCUAGGUCUCGGUGUUUUGAUGGGAUUGUUCUCAUUAUUAUAUUAAUUUACUAGCCUUUGGUUGGUAGUCGCACAGAGUCUGAUGGUUGACUUGUAUGUGCCGUAAAAUUUUGAAUUGAACAUCUCUAUGAUCGAUCUUCCUUGCACUUUUAGUAAAUGAAUAGUUCCUGUAUUCACCACCACUAAUUCUAAAAAGAAUAGUGAAGUGUACAUGAACUGGGAGUCCGAUAUAUAUUUCCCCAUUUUACUAUUCACUUUUACCAUGUUAACAACAAUAUACACUAUCAAUAUGAUAUAGGAAAACAUGA